CACUCGCUGAGCAGGCGGUCACACUGUAAAUACCGAAAGCGCCGUUGUUUUUUAGGGCGUUUUAGCCACCUUACUUCUUUGUGGUUGUUUGCCUAUCUACAUUGCCAUUUUGUAAAUCCCAUUGACCACUUGCACGUCCACGGAUAGAUGAUAUAGACGCGAAUUGGCCCGAACCCGAAGUCUGAACCCAAAACUCCGUUAGUCCUUUGUUGAUGGUAAUCGUGCAUUGGAGGAGAGAAAUCGAAAUCAAAAUCGAAAUCGUUAGCAUUCCGUAGAGGCAUUCGAGGCACGGAGCGAGCAUGUUCAGUAUCAGCGAGCUCUGUUGCAUGUUUUGCUGCCCCCCGUGUCCGGGUCCCAUUGCGGCCAAGUUGGCCUUCCAGCCGCCGGAGCCCACGUACAAAUUGACCCCGGCGGACGAUACCAAUAUCCGGUAUAACCUGCAGUUGUUCGACCGCGCCGAAUGGCAGUACUCCGAACGUGAGAAAUCAAAAGUGGAAGCCUUCUUUACGCGCACCUCGCGUGGCAACCUGAUCACCUGCAUUUAUGUCAGGUGCAGCAAGAAUGCCAAGUACACGCUGCUCUUCUCCCACGGGAAUGCAGUGGAUUUGGGCCAGAUGAGCAGUUUCUACCUAACACUGGGCUCCCAGAUCAAUUGCAACAUCUUUGGGUACGACUACUCCGGCUACGGAAUGAGUGGCGGCAAGCCCUCCGAGAAGAAUCUGUAUGCGGACAUAGAGGCAGCCUGGCAGGCGAUGAGAACCAGAUUCAACAUCAGCCCGGAGACAAUCAUCUUGUAUGGGCAGAGCAUUGGCACUGUGCCCACUGUGGACCUGGCCUCGCGUCACGAGGUCGGCGCUGUGAUACUCCAUUCGCCGCUGAUGUCCGGCCUAAGGGUCGUCUUUAGGAACACAAAGAGAACCUGGUUCUUUGACGCCUUCCCCAGCAUUGAUAAGGUGGCUAAGGUGAAGGCUCCGGUUCUGGUUAUCCACGGCACCGAUGAUGAGGUCAUUGACUUUUCCCAUGGCAUCGGAAUCUACGAGCGGUGUCCUAAGACUGUCGAGCCGUUUUGGGUGGAGGGUGCUGGGCAUAAUGAUGUGGAACUGCAUCCGCAUUAUUACGAGCGACUGCGCAAGUUUCUUUCGGUGGAACUCGUCAAAUGACAAUUAAAGAAUAAUGUGGACGGAGGCGUUAGCGACACUACAUCGGGUGUAAUAUCUAAUUCAAACCCUGCCGCCGGUAGUACGUCCCUAAGUUCAAAACACCCAAACCCUGCCCCUGCAGCAGGAAGCGAAACAAGUAAAAAGAAUGUGGAAACAAAUGUCAAACGGAUUGAAAACGAUGGUGCCUCAAAUUCCAGCCAGAGUUCUACUAAAGCUCUCGAGCAGAAGUUUCUUUAGCAAAAACAGUCGGGCUCGUAUUCAAAAGCCCAACCCUUCUCACCACAGUUCCCAAGCAGGGAAUUAUCAAGCAAAUCGUGCGGAAACAGACAUAGCAAACAAAAUAGGAAAGAAGACCCCCCACCAUUAACUGAUACAAAGUCGAACGGCUUU